AUGUCUUCUCAUGAUAUAGUCGAAGUUAGAGAACCACCGGAAUCAAAUCAUGAUAAUUCUUUAUGGCAUAAUCCUUUGUUCCCUAUAUAUUCAUCUCUCAAAGAAAGAACAAAAUAUAUCAAAAAAAAUGUAUCAAUAUCAGAAUUAAGUGGUAGCCUUGGAGAUUUAGGCACCUUGUUACCGAUUUUGGUAUCUCUUUCAAUUAAUGGUCAAAUUUCUUUAACUUCUUCACUUAUAUUUGGAGGUCUUUGGAAUAUCAUUAGUGGUUUAAUGUUUCGAAUUCCCAUGUGUGUUCAACCUAUGAAAGCUAUCGCAGCGGUGGCACUCUCAGCACAUUUAACAAUAGGUGAAGUAAUGUCCGCAGGUAUUGGUGUUGGUGCUAUGAUAUUUAUUCUUGGAAUUACUAGGACAAUUAGAUUAGUCGGAAAAUGGACUCCAAUAUCGAUAAUCAGAGGUAUUCAAUUGGGAGCAGGUAUAACACUUAUAAUUAAAUCUGCCGAUUUGGUUCGACAACGUGGGAGUUGGGGAGGUAGUUCUUGGCAAUGGAGUGAUAAUUAUGAAUGGGCUAUUCUCGCUUUCAUAUUUGUAUUUAUUUUUUAUUCAUCUCGAAGAAUACCAACUGCAUUAAUUCUGUUCAUUUUUGGUUUAAUUGUUGCCAUAAUAAAAGUAUCGGUAUCUAAUGAUAAGAGUAAAUUACCUUCUAUAUCAUUUAAUUAUCCCGAUGUUAUUGUUAUCCCUACUUUAGAAGAAUUUAAAAAUGGCUUUCUCACUGCUUCUCUUGGUCAACUCCCAUUGACAGCUCUCAAUUCAGUCAUUGCUCUGGCAGCGUUAGCCGAAGAUUUAUUUCCGAAAUGGACUCAUGUAGUUACUGUUGAAAAAAUAUCUGUCUCCAUCGGAUUUAUGAAUAUUAUUGGAUGUUUUUUUGGCUCCAUUCCAUAUUGUCAUGGUUCUGGUGGGCUGGCUGCUGAACUAUCUGCAGCAGCAAGAAAUUUCUCAAACACUGAUAAUGAUGGGUCUAAAAAAGAGGUUAAUGAUACUAAAAAGAAGGAUGAUGAAACUAAAAAUGGUACUAAAAAGGAGGAUGAUGAAACUAAAAAUGAUACUAAAAAGGAGGAUGAUGAAACUAAAAAGAGGGAUGAUGAGAUUAAAAAGAGGGAUUUUACCUUAAUGAUUAUAACGGCAGGGUUAUUAGUUGGUUUCCAAAAUGACGCGAUUGGAUAUAUUGGUGGCAUGUUAGUUAGCUUUUUGUUUUUUAUUGCUAGCUUUGUGAAUCGUAAAUAUUAUCAAUCUCCUACUACACAUACUAUUGUAUAG